CUUGCAUCUAUAGCAGGAAGAGUUCAAGUCUCUUGAGUAAUGACUUCAUAACUUCAACAUCCCUCAGAUGGAUAAUGAACAGGCUGUAGAAUAAAGGAGCAUCUCCAAACUUGAUGAGCACCUCGACUGUCUGUCUCCGUUUAUCCAUCGCUCAGCAGUAUGGAUCACAAUCAGACCAUUUUGUUAUUUGGAAACUCUGCGGCAGUCCAGUUUCAACAUGACAAUAUUCUACUUGGAGAAAUACAAGCAGAUAUUGAAAAUGUAGAAAUAUCCAGCAUGGUUCCUUUCCAGAUGAAGAUAUCAGGACGUCGUGUCUCAGUUAUCAACAUGAUUGGCUUACAUGAGACUGCACUUGACCUGGAUCCCCUCACUGGUCAACUAGUGAGUGAAAAUAAAAUAAUCUCCUUCAUCUUUGUUGUGCGACUGGGUCAGCUAACAGAUGCUGAUAAGAUGGGUAUUGAGUGGCUUCAGAGAGUAUUUGGUGACCGAGUUCUUCAGUUUGUGAUGAUUCUCUUCACCUAUGAGAGCGAGGAAGAGUCUGACUCUAUAAUAGACGAUCUGAAGAAAAACUCUCCUCUGGAGCGGCUGCUGAAGAAAUGCGGUGGAAGAUAUCACACCUGCAGCAAGAACAUGACCAAACAGUCAGAGAUGAGAGACCUGAUGAGCAGAGUUGAGAAUCUGUUUAUUGAGAAUAACCAGCAGUGCUACACUAGAGAGAUGUACAACACUGCGUUAAGAAAGAGAGAAGAUGUGCAAGACAGGACAUGUCAAAGUGAUGAAACCACAAUUAUUGAAAAUAAUAUGGACUACACCUUGACAACAGAGACAAGAGAGAGACGUGGGGGAGAGACGCGAUCAAUAGAUGCUGCAAGAUUGGAUCAAAGAGGAAACGGAAAGGGGGAUAAAGUAGAGCAUCUAUUUCACAGGCUUCAUCUUGAUAAAAGGCACCCCUUUCAACUAAGAGCUGCAGAUGUUCUUCAACUAACUAAACAUUCAUUAGAGUCUUGUGAGUCUUGUGCUGAGGAGGACCUGAUUCAGACUUUCCUCAAAAAACUGCUGAUGAUGAACUACAGAGCAAGAUACAUUAAAACUAUAGAUUCACAGGAUGACAGACAACAAAUAAACAGUGACUUUAUUGAAGAGGAGGGUGAUGCCGAUAUUUUCAAUGAAAUAUCUUUGUGUCCUGCAGAGACAAACAGAAGAGAUGCUAUUCACCCAAUGGAUAUUCAGAUGGCCGCGAUUUAUUAUGCUGAUAGUUUACUAAAGCAGCUCAUGGUGACUAAACUGUCUCAGUGUCAGUACGCUCUGCCUCUGCUUGUUCCGGAUCCAUUCACACAAGAGAUUGAGUUUCCUCUCUGGACAUUCAGACAAAUCAACAAGAGCUGGAAGAUGAAAGAUACCAACAAUGAAAUCAUCAGUAAAAUCCAGCCAGUCUGGAAGGCAAAAACAGCUAUGGUGUCUUUCUUCAGGUUUGACUCAUUGUCCUCAUCCAAAUCUCAGCUGAUGAACAGUCUGAUCAACGAGAAACACAACACAUUCUUCCAUAGGAACUGCACAGGCAGCAGCAACACCAGAGUACUGAUGGAUGGAGUGGUGGAGAUCGCCUGGUACUGCCCCUCUGGGAAAGACACAGAUAAUUUUACUCAAUGUGUUGCGUUCUGUAAUCUACACGGUGAUGCAGGAGACCAUGAGAAACAGCUGCAGAUCCUCACUGAAAUGUCCUCAGUCAAUGUUGUUAUCCUACCACGACUUGACAAGAAUGGCAAGAAUGCAGUAAAGAUCCAAAACCUGUACAAGGACAGAAAGCCACUAAUUUGUCUUCUUACUGAAGAUGAAUCUAGAGUAACUGAAAUGAGAAAAGGAAAAUACAAAAUUGGACUAAAUAAGAGAAAUCAGUCAGAUGUAUCUGAAGAACUCAUACAAGCUAUAAUUAAAUGUCUCUCAUUUUUUUCAUCACAAUCAUCUUCUAUUUUCAGUCUUGAAGAUGUGUCCAAACACUCAGGUAUCAGAGUAGAUGAGGAUCAUGACAAUGACUGUAGAAGAGGAAAAGAAGCAGCACAGCAGAUGAUGGGUUUACUGAAGGAUAAAAAUCUGACAAAAAUUAAAGAAUUAUUUCUGCCCUGUCAGGGCGAACUGUGGCAUCAGUGGUGUGAAAAGAACAAAGAACUACAUCGAUCUCAGGGGAAUGAAACAGACAUGGAAAUAAAACAGAAACAAGAAAUGAAGAGAAUCCGUAAACAGCAGCAUGUGCUGAACCUUGCUGGGUUCAUGAAGUUGUUUAUUACCGAAAUAAAUUCACAAUCUCCAAAUGAGAAGACUUUUUUUCUGAAAUGGCUCGCAAUCCUCCUGGAUGAAUAUACCUCAGUUGACCUUUCUGCUCUACAUUAUAAGUAUGAUGAAAAAUGGUCAAAAGUCAGAGCUGAGCAACAGAUGAACAGUGAACCUGCAGAACUUGAUAGAAUAUCUAAAGAACUUCAAGCUGCAACCUUUGGCUUGGAGCACAUCCUGAGGGAGAUCGGUCAGAUGUAUGAAUCAUGUAAAUCAGUGAAUAGUAACAAGGAAGGCCUGCCGUGUAAUUUUACUUUCCUCCCGAGUCUUGCAGCAGACAUGAUGAUCUCUGGAUUUCCACUGGAGUUGAUGGAUGGGGAUGCUGCUCAUGUUCCUGUGGUCUGGGUUACUGCUGUUCUACAUGAACUCAUCAAGAAACUGGGAGACAAGAGAGUCUUUGUGUUGUCAGUUUUAGGGAUUCAGAGCUCAGGGAAAUCCACUAUGCUGAACGCCAUGUUUGGACUGCAGUUUGCUGUCAGCGCUGGCAGAUGCACCAGAGGAGCUUUCAUGCAGCUGGUCAGAGUAUCAGAGGAGAUGAAAGAACAGCUGAAGUUUGACUAUAUUCUGGUUGUUGAUACUGAGGGGCUUCGAGCUCUAGAACUGUCUGGAAGGUCAACAAGACAUCAAGACAAUGAAAUGGCCACAUUUGUUGUUGGUCUUGGUAAUCUAACAUUGAUCAAUGUCUUUGGAGAAAGCCCGUCAGAGCUGCAGGACAUUCUUCAGAUCGUCGUUCAGGCCUUCAUGAGGAUGAAGAAGGUCAAACUGAAUCCCAGCUGCAUGUUUGUCCAUCAGAAUGUUUCGGACAUCACAGCUGGGGAGAGAAACAUGGAGGGAAGGAGACGGCUGCAGGAGACACUGGAUGAGAUGACAAAACUCGCUGCUAAAGAUGAAGUCUGUGAUGCAGAAUGUUUCAGUGAUGUCAUCACUUUUGAUAUACAGAAGGAUAUAAAGUAUUUUGGACAGCUCUGGGAGGGAAGCCCACCGAUGGCACCACCAAACCCAUCAUACUGUGAAAACAUCCAAGAGCUAAAGACAACGUUUUUUGGCCAUGCCUCAAAAUCAGAUGGGUUAGAGUUGACACACCUAAAAGAUCGUAUUAAUGAUCUCUGGGAGGCUUUACUGAAUGAACGGUUUGUAUUCAGCUUCAGAAAUUCUCUGGAAAUCGCAACAUACCGAAAACUGGAGACAGAAUACAGCAAGUGGUCUUGGAGUCUUCGCAGAACCAUGCUGGAAAUAGAGAACAAACUCUACAACAACAUCGAAAAUGAAACCAUUAAUGAGGUUUCAGAAAGUGAUCUUCAAGGAAAACUAAAAGUGAAAAGUCAAGAAGUAGAAAAAUCAAUGUCAGAAUUUUUUGAGAAAGACAAAGAUAAAGAUAUACUGAUACAGUGGAAAGCAUCAUUCCACAUCAAAAUCAAAGACCUUCAGGAGAACAUUGUGAGAGAAACAAAAAGGAAAUUAAAUGAGAUUCUUCAGCAGCAAGAUAUGAAGAAAAAGAUCGAUGCUCAGAGGACACGUCAUGAAAAUACUCUCUUGGAAAAGAGCAAAGAACUCGCCUUAAAACUCAAAGACAAAGCCAAUGAUGAAACAAUCCUGAAAAAAGAGUUUGAUUCAUUUUGGGAUGAGUGUGUUAACAAGAUUAAGACAGAAACUCCUUCAAUCAAAAACAUUGAUGUAUUAAAAGACAUGGAACAACUUCUCAGCAACUAUGAAAGUUUCCCUGUAAACAACUGGGAGAAGAGCAGGGAUAUUUUAUCUGUAAAGAGUUAUUCCGAUUAUGUACAGUUAAAGAAAUGUAGCGGAAUUGCAAAACGUGUUAAAAAAGCCUUCAGAUCAGCUCAACUAAUGUUUGGUAACAUUGAAGUUGAAAACCAAAUAAGAACUUUAGUCAAUGACAUUGCUCAACAAGCACACACAAUGAUCUUGUCGUAUAACAUUGAAAAGAUGGGCUACAACAAAACCUACAUUCAAGAACUCGCAGAUUAUAUCAAAGCCAGAGUAGUAGAAUAUGGGCAAGGUUCCAGGAAAUAUGUGUUCACAAAGGAAUUUUACAUGGAUUUGGUCAUUUCCAUCUGUAAGAGAGAAAACAAGUUAAUUACUGACCAGCACAGAAAGUUCAGGGAAGCCAACGAUCCUGUUUUCUACUUUGAAAAGAAGAGCAAAGAGUACUAUAGUAUUUUCCAGAAAUACUGUCAAGGUGCAACAUCAGCUGCCAUUUUUGGUGAGAUCAUCUGUCAGAAACUGAAAGAGCCAAUUCAAAAAAGUGUCUAUAAAGAUACUGCCGGAGAUUUGACAAAUGAAAUCAAGACAAACUGUGAAUCGUUAAAUGGAAACAGAUCUAAGCUAGAGAAACACAUCCUCAAGACUCUGGCAGAAGAGGAGGAUUUUCACAAAUACAUUACCUACAUUUACAGUCCCAAAGAUCACUUCAAGAGUUUCAUCAAAGAUGAAGUCAAUCAGUACAUAACUGAUAACUUCGGAGUCCGUGUUCGGCCCAAGAUGAAGGAGAACAUUGAACUCCUGCAACAGAAGAUCAUGGCAGCGGCUCACAGAGCGACUACACGGGUCAACACGACCAACAGAGAUGUUCAGAAGUGGUUGAAUUAUUUCACUCGACAGCUCUCAGAUGUGCUGAUAUUCUCUGUAAAGGACCUCAGAGGAGUGAGUCAUGAUGGUGUUGAUGAUUUUAAACUCCUGGAAGAUGUGAUAAGCAAAGAACUUGGUUCAGUAUCAUCUGAAAUACAACAUAAAUUCAGCAAAGAGACAUUUCCAGAAAAUCUGGAACACAAGGACAGACCCGAUGAGAUUCUGAUUGAUCAUCUCUGUCAGUGCUGCUGGGUUCAGUGUCCGUUCUGUGCAGCCACUUGCACUAACACUGUAGAAAACCAUACUGAAGAUCACAGUGUUCCUAUCCAUCGAGUAAAUGGUCUUACUGGAUGUUGUUAUGAGGAAACAGAGUGUCUCAGUGCAGAUUUUUGCACAACAUUAGUGACAACUGGUAAAAUGUUCUAUACAGGUCAGUGGAUUCCAUGUAGAGAUUACAGAAAUGCAGGGCAUGUUUAUGCAGAGUGGAGCAUCACCCCUGACUUCUCUGAGCUGCCAUACUGGAAGUGGUUUGUGUGCAGAUUUCAGAAAGAUCUGGAAGAAUACUUUGAGAAAACAUUCCACAGGUGGGAUGACAUUUCAUACGGAUGGAGCCAAUACUCAAAAGAGCAAGCUAUCGAGAGUUUGGAUGAUUACAUCUAAUGACAAAUGAAAAUGAGCCAUGUGCAGGUCUCUAAUUCAUCGACCACAGUUUGAAAUGAGUUUCUGAAAUUUAGGCUUUUCUGUCUAGAAUCUUCUGGGUUUUUUCUUCCUAUAAAUUACAUUCAAUAUGUUACUUACAGUAGAAAGUCGUUCAGAAAUAGAUACGUUAGCUAUUAAGCUAUUGUCAAAGAU